AUGAUUCAUUCAAGCCAAUCACCCAUGUCACGAUUCCGCCAAGCUCGUGAGAAUCUCAUCGCCCUGCUCGACCAACAAGCCACCUUCCUCCGCCAUGACCUCGAAGCCCGCCAGUAUGUGAUUCCCUGUCUCCGUCGUCAAAUCCCCCAAUACAUCGAUAUCGUCGUUACCAUUGCAACGACGAUAUCGAACCAAUCCCGGAACAGUCCAUAUGCUCUACUCCGCUGCAACCUCUACGGCAAUGUCAUCCCAAUGCAUUGCGCAGCUCUGAAAGCGCAAUGCGCCCAUCUUGCCAACAGACUCCGCGACAACAACUGCACCGAUACCAUGUCCCCCACAUACAUGUACAACCCCUGCCACUCAGUCUAUGUGACCCGUUUCAAAAAGGAGCGCGCAGAGCUCAGGAAUCAACUCCGCAUCAAUGCUCAGGCACUCAGAGCCUGUCCUCAGGUUGAUGAAGAGGGACUGGUUGCUUCGCGCUGGGUUUCGGAGGCAUUGCGUGGUCUUGUGCCGAGUGUUUAUAGUCUGAGGGAUGCGGCUGUUGAUAUGGAUGUUAAGACUAGGGGGAAUCCGUUCGUCCUGGCUAAGCCGUAUGCAUUCUAUAGUUAUGAUGUGCCGCCGAGAUGUGUUGAUAUUGUGGGCUGUUUGCUUCAUUGGGCGGAUAUGCUGGUUAACAGAGAUGGACGGCGGACUGAUAGUAUUGUUGUUGAGGAGAUUGAAUAUUUGCUAGCUCGUAUGGAGUUUUGA